GCUUGAGCAGCUGUAACAUCUGCUGUUCACCUCCCCCUUACCCCGCUUUGUGAUAAAGUCGUGCUUUUAAGCCAGUAAAGUUUUAUUUUCUUUACAUUUUCUAUUUUAUUGGAUACAACUUUAGUAUCCCCCAUAGUUUGUUUUUGGUCUGAGAGGCGCUGAAUAAAUGAAUCCGCUCAGGGACAUAGCGAUAGAACAUUUUCACUUGCGAUAAAGUAGUUUUUGCAGAUUUUCUGAUACGGACAACACACCAGAAGAAAACAUCUGGAUUUCUGCAAGGAAGCAGCUACUUCUUUUUUACUGUUUCGAAUCUCUGAAGUAUUUCCUAAACUCGGAUACUGAAUGGAUAUGGCUUGGAUCAGAUGGAACCUUUUACUUUCUAUAGGGUUCUUCGUAUCGCCGGCGUUCACGUCCACGGAGCAGAGUGGAUUUAGGAGAUACUACGUGUUGCAGCCGGGGCCGAGCGGUACGGACAGGGUGCACGUGAGUUCGAUUUCGUCCCGUUCUGGGUCCGCCGGACAGCCUCGCACGUACAAUGUGGAGCUCACUGCCAGCUUCGGCGGCCAAGUUCGGACCCGAAGGAUGGGGAAUCCGGUGAAAACAAGCGUGCAGCACCGCCAGGCCAGCCAGUUCACGCAACAGCAGCAGCUACAGCUUCGGCACACGAGUCACCCCGGCGCGCACCAAAUCAAAAUUUCUGGGGUGAAUGUCUGUGGAGGGCAGUGCUGUCAAGGAUGGAGCAAGGCCCCGGGAUCGCAGAGGUGCACAAAGCCAAACUGCCUGCCUCAGUGCCAGAAUGGCGGGAUGUGCCUGAAGCCCCAGCAUUGCGUCUGCAAGCCGGGAUCCAGUGGCAAGACCUGUGAGCACAAGACCGUGCCCUCACUCAACCCGCCCGUGUCAGGCAACGGCCAGACCACCGGCCAGACCAACGGCCAGACCAAUGGACAAGCGGUGGUGCCCCAGCGCCCCAUCCCCCAGCAGGCCAUCCCUCAAGGCACCAUUCAGGGCCACGCCCCGCCCCCCGGCAGUAAGGGGCCGCAGAUGACCCUGAGCGUGAAGCAGCCCCCCCACGUCAUCCGGCCCCAGCCGGUCCAGCAACAGAUCCGGCCACCCAUCUCCAUGACGGUGCACCAGGUUCCGAGUCAGCAGUUUGUCAUUAAGCCCAAGUACUACCACACCCACACCCAGGUGCGCAGUCCAGGCCCACCUGUAAGCAGGCCCAUCCCCCUUUCUGUCGGCCACACCCCACUCCAAGUGGGGAACCACACGGGCCGCAUCAAGGUGGUCUUCACCCCCACCAUCUGCAAGGUAACCUGCAGCGGCAGCAAGUGCCAGAACAGCUGUGAGAAGGGGAACACCACCACCAUCAUCAGCGAGAACGGGCAUGCCACCGACACCCUCACGGCCCCCAACUUCAGAGUGGUGGUCUGCCACCUGCCCUGCAUGAACGGUGGGAAGUGCAGCAGCAGAGACAAGUGCCAGUGCCCGCCCACCUUCACCGGAAAGUUCUGCCAGGUCCCCGUGCCCAAUGGCAGCCAGCGACAGCCCACCCAGCAGCAGGGGUCUGUCAGCUACAGCCAGACGUCGCAGGUCCACUCCACGCACACGCUGCCCCUCACAUUCGGAGGAGGGCAGAGCCAAGGGAAGUUUCCCAACAUGGUCAACAUCCACAUCAAGCACCCGCCGGAGGCCUCUGUCCAGAUCCACCAGGUCUCCCAGCUGGACGCCAGCGGGCAAAAGCAGAAGGGCUCCCAGUCGGGCCAUUACACCUACCACACAGAGACCAGCCAGAAAGGACAGCAGACCCACACCGUCUACCCCAACCAGCAGACCAUCAUCCACCACUACCCUGUCACCUCCAAGAGCCAGCUGGGCCGCUGCUUCCAGGAAACCAGUGGAACUCAGUGUGGGAAGGCUCUCCCUGGCCUGUCCAAACAAGAGGACUGCUGUGGGACUGUUGGUACAUCCUGGGGGUUCCACAAGUGCCAAAAGUGCCCCAAGAAACCAUCUAUCCCUCUGACAGGGUCGAGACACGUAAUGGACUGUCCCCCAGGAUAUAAGCGAAACAACUCCUACUGCCAAGAUAUCAACGAGUGCCUGAUUCAGGGCGUGUGCCCCAAUGGAGACUGCCUCAACACGGUGGGCAGUUACAGGUGCAUGUGCAAGCCGGGCUUCAUCCCCAACCCCACUCUCACCACAUGCAUGCCCGAUACCCCUGCGGUCCGCGAGGAGAAAGGGGCUUGUUUCCGAUAUGUCAGUUCGGGGAAGCAGUGUUUGCACCCGGUGUCGGUGCAGCUGAGCAAGCAGCUGUGCUGCUGCAGUGUGGGCAAGGCCUGGGGCCCUCACUGCGACAAGUGUCCCAACCCUGGAACAGCUGCUUUCAAGGAGAUCUGCCCUGGCGGGAUGGGCUACACAGUCACUGGGACCUACAGGCCUAAGCAGGUCAACCGCCCACAGCCAGAGAGCAAUGGCAAGCCAAAGAUCACACAUCAAGAGCCCCUGGCCCCCCCUCUCCCAUUACCCACUCCCCAGAGACCUGUGGAGGCCUUAAGUGUCACUGAGAGACAGCUCCCGGCCGUCCCAGUAGUCACAGCAGCACCUGAGGAGGAACUCGUUACUCUCGGUGCUAAUAAUAGGUCUGUAGUAGAGCCCGGCCAGCCCCAGCUUUCACCUGGAGUCUCAACCAUAAGGAUGGAGCCCGCCUACCCAGAGGUGGUGGAGAAGACGUCUCCCCCAGCCCCAGUGGCUAUACUGCCCUCCAGUGCUAGCCAAGGCAUCGCUCCCACCCAGCUGGCAGAGGUGGACGAGUGUUCGGUGAGCCCCGAAAUAUGUGGGCCUGGCCUGUGCUACAACACGGUGGAGGGCUACACCUGCAUAUGUGAUGAUGGCCACCAGCUGGAUGAGGAGAGGACCACCUGUGUAGACAUCGACGAGUGCGCCCAGGACCCGCUCCUCUGCUCCAACGGACGCUGCAGGAACACAGCAGGAGGCUUCCUCUGCGAGUGCCAAUCUGGCUUUGCGGCCAGCGAGGAAGGAACCAGCUGCAUUGACGUUGACGAGUGUCUGACCCCUGGUGCCUGCGGUGAUGACGGCUUCUGUGUCAACACUUUGGGCUCUUUCACCUGCCGCUACUGCGAGGUCGGCUACAAGAUGAGCCCAACUGGCCAGUGCGAAGAUGUUAACGAGUGCCUGGAUGAGGGAGUCUGUCCCUCCGGGAUGUGCACCAACACCCCCGGAUCGUACGAAUGCGAGCCCUGUCCCGAGGGUUAUGAGGGCAAGGGCGGCCAGUGUGUCGACAUCGACGAGUGCCUGGACGCGUCGGUCUGUGCCAACGGCAAGUGCUCCAACUUCGAGGGCUACUUCGUCUGCGCGUGCAACGCCGGCUACGAGCUCAGCCCAGAUGGCAAAUUAUGCACAGAUAUUGAUGAGUGCCAGGACGAGCGGGUGUGCACCAGGGGACACUGCCAGAAUACAGAGGGAGCCUUCAUCUGCAGCUGUGGGCCCGGCUUCGUGGUCUCGCUGGCCGGGGACCAGUGUGACGAUGUGGACGAGUGCCAGGAGCUGGAGGGUGCCUGCGGGAGCGUGGGACAGUGUGUCAACAACAUGGGCUCCUACCACUGCAGCUGCCCCAAGGGCUACCAGCAAGUCAAUGGUACCAGCUGUGAAGAUGUUGACGAGUGUCUGGACGACCCCGAGCUGUGCGCCCCGCACGGGGAGUGCCUGAACGCGGAGGGCUCCUUCUACUGCGUCUGCGAGGAGGGCUUCGCCGCCAACGAGGACACGCACACCUGCGAGGAUGUGGAUGAGUGCUCCGAUGGGACCAGGUGCCACGGUGGCUCCUGCCUCAACACGAGGGGCUCGUACCGGUGCCAGUGUGAUAGGGGCUACCGCCUGCAUGCCGAUAAUGACACCUGCCUGGAUAUUGAUGAGUGUGAGACGCUGGGGCGCAGUAUCUGUGGCGCGUGGCGCUGUGAGAACACCCAGGGCUCCUACAAAUGUGUGGUGGACUGCCCCCCCGGCCACGCCUUAGGACCCAGCGGGAUUUGUACGGAUGUUGAUGAGUGUGCCCUCAACAGCACGGUGUGCGGCCGGCACGGCUUCUGUGAGAACACGGCCGGCUCGUUCCGUUGUCUGUGUGACCGGGGCUUCCAGGAGGCGCCGGAUGGUCACGGCUGUGUGGACGUAAACGAGUGCGAGCUGUUGAGCGGGGUCUGUGGGGAGGCGCUCUGUGACAACGUCGAGGGGACCUUCCUGUGCCUGUGCCCCGAAGAGAACCAGGAGUACAACCAGAUGACCGCCAAGUGCAGCCCCGCCUCCACAGCAGCCCGGAAAGAGUGCUACUACAACCUGAACGACGAGAACCUGUGCGAGAACGUGCUGACCACCGCCGUCACUAUCGAGGAGUGCUGCUGCACCCUGGGGGCUGGCUGGGGGGACAACUGCGAGGUGCACCCCUGUCCCGUCCAGGGGACAGAUCAGUUUGCCCAGAUGUGUCCAGCAGGGAAGGGCAGUGUCCCCACUGGCGACGCAGUCUAUGGGGUGGCGGCGGCUGAGAACUACAAAGAUGCGGACGAGUGCACCUUGUUCAAUCAGGAGAUAUGCAAGGGCGGCUUCUGCCUGAACACGGUGGGGGGGUACGAGUGCUACUGUCAGCAGGGCCUGUACUACGACGAAACGAAGCUGCAGUGUCUGGACAUUGAUGAGUGCCAGGCCGAGGCCACAUGUCCUGGGUCAGAGUGCGUCAACACCCUGGGCUCCUACAUGUGUUUCUGCACUCCCCCCCUGGUGCUCAACUCCGUCACCAUGCGCUGCGAGCCCUCUCCCACAGCCUCCCCAGAUGAAUGGGAGCAGACGGACAUCUACCAGGACAUCUGCUGGCAGGACAUCGCAGAGGCUCUCACCUGCACCAACCCUCUGGCAGACAGGAAGACCACCUACACGGAGUGCUGCUGCCUCUAUGGGUACGCCUGGGGCAUGGAUUGCGCCCUCUGCCCCCAGAAGGACACAGAGGACUUUGCCAGCAUGUGCAACAUGCCCCUCAGAGAGGGCCAACGCCCCUACGGUCGGGACAGCUUGCAACCCCCUACGCACGACUACCCGAUCCACGAGGUCGGCCCGGAGUACGACUCCCGCCCUGAACCCCCCCGCUUCCUUCCCAACUACGAGAGUGAGAGUGAGCAUCCGUAUGACGCCUUCGAGGGCCUGCGGGCGGACGAGUGUGGGAUCCUGAACGGCUGUGAGAACGGGCGCUGCGUGCGCGUGCAGGAGGGCUACACCUGCGACUGCUUCGACGGCUACACUCUGGACAUGUCCCGCAUGGCCUGCAUCGAUGUGAAUGAAUGCUCCGAGCUCAACAACCGGAUGUCACUGUGCAAGAACGCCAAGUGCAUCAACACGGAAGGAUCAUACAGGUGUGUGUGCCUGCCGGGCUUCGUGAGCUCGGAGCGCCCCAACUACUGCGUGCCCGCCGAAGAGGAAGCAGCCGACACUGUGAGGGAGUGACCCAGGAUGCCCACCAGGGGGCGACAAACAUUAAACACACUUAUUUAAUCCAAGCCCAUAUACUCUGCACUGUAUAAAACAAACUAAAUGAAACAAAAAAAAAUAUUCUUACUUGAGAUGAAGAUCAAAAUUUAACCUACUAUGUGGUGCCUGUACGGAGAAGUGAAACAAAGCAUUGUAUAAAUAUGUGUUUGUUUGUACGUUCGUUUUUUUUUUUUUUUUAUUAGAAGGAGUGUAAGCGUGUAAGGGGGACGCUCACACUCCUGACGCAAUGACAAACCCUAUGGACUUUUGCUGGGGGAUAGUGUUUUUUUUUCUUUUUGGUUUCCACCCAGUCAAAACGCCUUUGUGUGGAUAUUUUAUUAAGUGAAGAGGCCAGCCGACCAGCCCCUCCCUCUGUCCAGCUCUCCCUCUUCCUCCUCCCUCCUCUUCCUCCUCCCUCCGCGGUUGCUAUGUAGGACUACCUGAUCGUGGAUGGGACACACCUGUAUUGCCUUUACU